CGUGAAAGCCUCAAAUCUUACACUAUGUUUGAACGUUCAUAUUGCAUAUGUAAAAUAAAUAUUUACAAAUGUAUAGAGUAUGUAUGGUGUAACACAUUUUUAUAUACAACUGAGUAUUUAUGUUUACGUUAAAUUUAGCCUCCUUUAUAGACGGGUUAUAGACGUUGCCAUGAAUAAUGGGAAGAAUUAUUGAACUUCAAAAGGGGUGACGGUUCAUAAUUUGCAGUGCCUCUUCUGUUCUCAAUACAUUACAACACUCGUACAGCACGUUUUCCUCCGUACACGGAAGGUCGCGAUGAGCGCUAGAGUCUCAUGUCAAAGUCACGUGGAGCGCUAGUAGUCGAAUGUGAAAAUACAACUGCCGUGUUGUGACGUAUGUGAUAUAUCCGUGGAAGCAAGUUCAUGGUGGUACUGAAUGUUGACGCGGAAGUGCGUAGUGUACAGAAAUUGCAGCUCUACUCAAUCAUCCGUCAUACCUUCAGGUUUCUUCGUACUACAAACGAUUGUGCGAACUCUUUCGACGAGCUGAAAACGAGACUCUGCAAUGGUUCUGCACAUGGCAGUGGCUGUGUUAGUAAUACUGUUCCUGUACUACUGGAUGAGUGCCAAACCGAGGAAUUUUCCACCUGGACCUCCAUGCGUCCCUGUGCUUGGCUCGCUUCCCUUCCUGCCUCGGAAGCAUAUCCACUUGACCAUGUCCGGUAGCUGGAUGGAAAAGUAUGGACCCAUCGUGGGUCUGAUCGUGGGUUCGGCACCAGUAGUAGCCGUGGCUGGACCUCGCGAGGUGAUGGAUGUCUUGCGUAGGGACGAGUUCCAAGGCCGACCAGAUGACGAUCAUAUCCGUGAGAGGAACUUCAACAAACGACUUGGUCUUCUUUUCACCGAUGGACCUCUUUGGAUUGAACACCGUCGAUUCACAAUUAGGCAUCUGAAAGAUUUUGGUUUUGGCAAGUGGAGUGCUGAAGCAGUAAUUCUUGAAGAAACAGAAGAGUUGGUGAAAGAAAUAAAGGAGAAGAAGGUUGUUCAGGUUUCUGGACUAUUUAAUGUUGCAACAAUAAACGUUUUAUGGUCGAUGAUUGCCGGCACCAGGUAUGCACACGACGAUUCUGAUUUCAAAUUAUUACUCCAUAAGCUGGAGUUCUUGUUCCGGUCGGGUUCAGCUUCCCGAAAUUUGGCAGACAUUUUUCCAGUGCUGAAGAAAAUUGCUCCAGGACUGUGCGGGCACCAGAAAAUAAUGGAGUCAUUCAACGAACUGAAGAAUUUCUUCAGGAAGACGAUUCACGAACACAAGCUGAUGUUGGAAGAAAAUAAUCCAAGAGAUUUCAUGGACAUUUUCCUGCUGCAGAUGGAAGCUGAAAAUGUUGGCGAACAUUCCACCUUCACAGAAGAGGGACUCAUAAUCCUUUGCCUGGACCUGUUUUCUGCUGGAGCGGAGUCGGUGGCAAAUUCCCUGGGUUUCUGUCUACUUUACAUGGUGCUGCAUCCAAGGGUACAAGAAGCUGUCCAGAAAGAAUUGGACACGGUUAUUGGACGCAGCAGAAGGCCAUCGUCAGAGGACAGAGUCAGGUUACCAUAUGUGGAAGCAACAAUUGCUGAAAUAUCUCGAAUCAAUCCCAUUGCUCCAAUAACAGUGCCACAUACAGCCAUUAAAGACACUGAACUUGGUGGCUACAAUAUUAAAAAGAAUACAACAUUCAUCGUGAGCAUAUGGGGUGUUCUGAACGAUCGUGAGCACUGGGGUGAUCCUGAAGCCUUCAGACCAGAGCGGUUCCUUGACGCAGAUGGAAAGUUUUUUAAGGACGAGUGGUUGAUUCAGUUUGGUGCUGGGAAGCGAGUGUGCCUCGGAGAAAUUCUGGCAAGAAGUAUAUUGUUUCUUACCUUUUGUACUCUCAUGCAGGAAUUCAAGUUUACUAUUCCUGAAGGAGACCCAUGUCCCUCAACAGAGGCUCUUCCAGGUUUCACAACAGCGCCUGCACCUUUCAGGGUGGAGGUGACAGAACGGUAGUUUGUCACAUUUCACUACGUUAAUUGCUAAGGCAGGAAGUGCUUGAUUUAUACAGUGAUAUACAUACUGUGGGAAAUGCAUGUGUUAGAGAGCAUCAAGUGAGAAACGACAGAAAGAUUAUGGAUGUUGGAGGAAGUAGAUUUUGAAGCACUGUCCUGUCAUUUGGCUGAACAGAGUGGAAACAACCACAGGAAACCUUACCAUAAAAGCCAGGAUUCUGGACAUAAUUUGACUGUUAUUGCGAUUUUAAAAAUAUGAAGCAGAGAGUUAACAGCUGAAGAGCAUGUGAAAUCUGGAGCUCCAGUGAAUGACUAUUGUAUUGGCAUCACAAAUAGAACAAAAUAAGCAAGUUAAAUAUAUCCCCCAUCAUUUUGAAAAGUCAGUGUCUAAAAUAAGUCUGAGAGGCAGUUGACUUACCAGGGUAAAUGCUGAAUAUACACAACUGCACAUUCUGCCUUUUAUUUUCCAUCUGCUGAAUGGAGCACUUAACACACCAACUGUGUUCAUUAAACGUGACAGAUUAAUACAAAUGUGUUUAGGAUUUAGAGUGCUGGAUAGAACUGUGUAUGAAAACUAAGCAGGUGAUAGCUAUGUGCAUAAUAAAUUGAACUUACACAUUGUUGAAAA